AUGACAAAAGCAAGCACCUUGUCUUCCCACACUGCUGGUGCAACCAAGAAAACAGUCAAAUACAUGCAGGCUUCAUACUAUUUCAGAUUCAACAUGUUGUUUGCAUCUGUUCCCAUCUGCAUUGUUGGAUUUAUAGCUAAUGCAAUUGUCUUGUGCCUUUACUGCUGCAAGAUCAAAAAGCCAAAGUUAGGCCCAUAUUUUUUAAAUGUGACCUUUGCAAACCUUAUUAUAAUUGUGUGCAACCUUGAAGUGGCUGCUUAUUUUAUCGGAGACAUCAAAACCCCUGCAACACUCCAACGUCUAACAGAGAUGCUUCAUAUUUUUGCAUAUGACACCACCUUAUAUAUCUUCACAGCUCUCACCGCUGAAAGGUUUGUCACUGUCUAUUUCCCAGUCUGGUGGCAACAUCACCGGUUCAAUAAUUUCUCUGUCUCAAUGUGUGCGAUUUUGUGGGUCAUUUCUGGCCUGGAGUCAAUUGUGGCAUAUUUUUCCUGCUAUCCAAGAUACGAAACCAUUAAUGAUGACAAUGCCACCUGUACAAUUGCAAAUAUAGUGGAAGGCACCAUGGAAAUAAUAAUUUUUUCCCCCAGCUUGCUCUUCUUCACUUUGGCCAUUUGGAUCAAAAAGCGAAGACGUCUAGCAAGACUUGACAUCACCAUUGUAGUCAUAGCUAUUCUGAUUCUGGUUCUCAGUGUCCCAGGUCGAUUACUUCAUACUACUUCAUUUUGGGUGGAAUCAAUGGACUGGUUUCUGAUUACGACCACUGCUCUGUUACUGGAUUCUUGUACCUGCAGCAGCAUUCCUUUUGUAUUCUUCAUUGUUGGAAGCUGGAAGAGGCAGAAAGCCUUUGAACCCUUCUAUAUGUUUCUUGAGAGGGCUUUAAAGGAUAAUGAAGACACAUCAGAGCCAACAGCAGCGGACCAGGAGCAGGCAUGACAAUAUCCUUGGCCUC